GCGAGCGCGGCAGCCAUGGCGGAUCCGUUCUUCUACUUCGGCCACGACGACGACCAGGACGGCGCCAAUGAGGACUACCUGACGGGCCUCGGCCUGGUCCUCCCGCCGGAGCUGCCGGCGGGCAGUGCAUUCGAUGCGUACCAGCGGCGGCGCGCGCCGACAUUGCUGGAGUCGCCCCUGAUGAUGGGCCGCGGGCGGUACAACAACUCCGGCGGUGGAGCGAACGUGCACCGGAGGAUGUUCGGUUACCUACGACGCAUUGUUCGUCAUGACGCCGCCGCCGGACCUGUGCACCCGGCACCCGCGACACUUGUGCCGCCGCCAUCGCAGCCGCCGCGCCCGCGCAGCAGCUCGCGGUUCCGGCACAUCAUGCGCGAGCGGCUGCGCCGGGAGCGCCUCAGCCAGGGCUUCGCCGACCUCCACGCGCUCCUGCCCCCCGGCGCGUCGUCCAAAGGUGGCAAGAACGACAUCGUCGGCGCGGCGGCGGGCUACAUCAGGGAGCUCGAGAGGCGGAAGGGGUGGCUCCGCGCGAGGAACCAGGAGCUGCUGGAGCGGGCUGCCAGCCGCUGGAGUGGAGGAACAGCGAGGAACGCUGGCAGCGGGGACAUGGUGGUGAAGGUGCGAGCCGAGAGCGAGGACCGUGCGGCGGCGGUCGACGCGUUCGAGACGGUGCUCCGGCGCCUCAAGGCCAUGGGGGAGCUGCGGGUGACGGCGAUCCGGUCGUGCUUCUGCGCCGGCGGGAUGUGGAUGAACGUCGGAGUGGAGGGCCAGGUCUCCACGCGUGAGGUGGACAGGGCAAUAACAAAUGCCUUGAUGGAGCUUGCGGGGAACGAACUGGUGAAGAAAGAUCCAAGAAGCAGCAAGCCGAGCUUUAGCUGCCAGGUCGAAAGUGGCGUGCCGAUGGGUUGAUGUUGGCCAUCACAAGAGUUAGCUAGAGAUGAAUGAAUUCUCUUAUGGCAUCGUUCGUUAGCAAAAAAAAAAAAGGAUCGUUUGAAGAGCUUUUACUAGAACAGGUCAAUGAAAAUGUCACCAAUAACCAGAGGAAGUUGUAAUGCUGCAAUAGUAGAACCUAGACUAUUUUUCUUUUUCUUUCUUUUGGAGUAAAGAGACCUCCACACACGCUGCUGCCUCGGCCUCCGUUGCUCCUGAACAUCUGAACAAUACGCGCCAUGCCGUGAA